AUGUCCAAUCUCAUUGAGUCUGCCAAAAAGGCCGCUGCCUACAGAGCUGUUGAUGAAAAUCUCCCAGACCACGCAAAGGUCAUUGGAAUUGGCUCCGGCUCCACUGUCGUGUUUGCUGCUGAGAGAUUGGGCCAGUUGAGCAACAAGGACCUGUUUGUGUGUAUCCCCACAGGGUUCCAGUCGAGGCAAUUGAUCAUCGACAACGGUCUUCAUCUUGGUACGAUCGAGCAGUACCCUAAGGUGGAUAUUGCCUUCGAUGGUGCGGAUGAGGUGGAUCCUAAGCUCAAUUUGAUCAAAGGUGGAGGAGCCUGCUUGUUCCAAGAGAAGCUCGUGGCCCAGGCGGCAAAGACUUUUGUGGUUGUUGCUGAUUUCAGAAAGAAGUCCCCAGACUACCUCGGUGUGCUGUGGAGAAGAGGCGUGCCGAUCGAAAUUGUGCCCAACUCGUACGCCAAGGUGACUCUUGAUUUGAAGGAAUUGGGUGCCGACACCGUGAUUCUCAGACAGGGUGGCACUGCCAAGGCCGGUCCAGUGAUUACAGACAACAACAAUUUCAUCAUUGAUGCUGACUUUGGCCUGAUUGAGGACCCUGUGGAGUUGCACGCUAAAAUCAAGGCUUUGGUGGGCGUGGUGGACACCGGCUUGUUCACGAAAAUGACUGCUAAGGCAUACUUCGGAGAGGAAGAUGGAGAGGUUGCCGUCUGGGAGGCCAAGUAG